CUUCACAAUUUUAGCUGAUUCUUUCAACUGGAAAAUAAUGAAGCUGCUUUUAUUUUUUACAAUCGUAUCAUUGACUCUAUUUGAUCAGUUCGCUUUGAUCGUGGGUCGAUUUGAUUUCACCCAGCCUGCAUAUGAAACUUUGGUGUAUGCGUUUGCACUGAAAGCAAAAGAUGUCGAUAAAACAACUGACUGGGAAUCCAACUUAAAAAAGUUAUUUAGCCUACCAGCUCACCUUUUGCGAAAUAGAAAAAUCGAUUCACUCGAAUGGAUGUCUGAUUUCGUCAAAGUAACCAAUUAUAAUGCAUUGAUAAAUGCUUUGAAUAGGAUUCCCACAGAUUACCAGGCAAACGGUCCCAUUUUAGAUAUAAUACGCACUAACUUAAUUCCGGUCAGGGACGGUGAUCCAAGAAUCAAGGACACUUACAUUAGAUAUUUCAAUCAAACUAUAGAUGAACCAGUUGGCCGAUUGUUUGAUGGAUUUGUGGUUGCAGUGGAAAAAUUUAAUAAGAAGAAAAUCAAAGCGACCCGUUUAAAAGCCGUAAGCGAUGAGUAUAAAAAUAUGACACGCAAGUAUAAUGAAAUAUCCGCAAGUUUACGAACCCAAUUGGAGAGAACCAUUAUGACAAGAAAUGCGUACGCUCUACAAUUCCAGUUAUUUCAAAGGAAAUUGAAAAAAUACGAACCGCCAAGCGGUCGAUCAGACGCUAACAAAAAAAAUGAAGACUAUGAUUUCGAUUACUUGAAAAUGCUACAACAGGUCUCUGCUGAUUUAAGUAGAAAGGUGGCACCGCUGGAGAGCGCUGUCAACAAUGUUAAAUUGACUUUGACUCAAUAUAUUGAUCAACGUAUUUUGUGGGCUGAAUACUUAUUGGAAAACCCAUUUAACCAUGCAAAGAAAUCAUCAGGACUUUCAUGCUUUGGCGGCAGCAAAGUUAAAGAAUAAUAAAGCAAUUUCAUGCAAUAAUAUUGACCAUAACCAUGAUGAAAUUCAUUGGUUUAAUGAUGGAUUUGAUGUAUCAAUAACAAUCGCAAUAAAAAAUUCAUCAAACUGAAAAUUUAUUUCGAUUA